AUGUCCACCAAGACGCUGUACGCGCCGCCCCCGCCGGCAGAAUUAGAAGCUCAAGAUGCUUCGUGCACCCCCGUCCAGCUCAAUUUCGCCGUGCGCCACGGAACUCGGAACCCCACGAUGAAGGACAUCACGAGAAUCAAUAAUACACAUUCUAGGCUACUGACAGCUCGUAAUAAGGGGUCGGCGUCGUGGUUGAAGAGCUGGAAGAACCCGUACCCGGAGAAGACGGCGGCGUGGUUGGCGGAUCCCGGAGUUCGCGAGCUUAUCAAGAUCGGGCAGCGACUGCGCGCCAGACUAUCACCGGUGCCAGUGUAUUACAACGCCCGCAAGUUCGUGUUCGAUCACACGUGGAAGAUCCGCACGAAGCAGAGUGCAGAGGCCUUCGCCUUUGGGUUCUUCGACGGACUGCAGCCGGUGUAUUACCACAGCGACCCGAUGGGAGAAGACGAAGUGCUCAGGUUCUAUGAUAAUUGCCCAGUGUUCGCGGCCCAGAUUGACAACAACAAGAGCGCGACAGUUGAGCACGCGCAGUACCGCGAGAGUGAGCAGAUGCACAAGAACUUGGCCAAGUUUCGGAAGUUGUCGGGGUUUUCGCAAGCCACGCAGAAGGAUCUGGAAGCAGCGUACGCUGGUUGUGCCUUUGAUGUGGCGGUGCUGGAUGUGUACGAUCAGUGGUGCUCGUUAUUUGAUGACGAGAUGCUGCUGUCCAUGGACUAUUUUCAAGAUCUCAAGCAUUUCUACAGGAAGAGCCACGGACAUGCGUUGUCGUACGAGAUCGCAACGCCGUUGUUGCAGGACAUUUUUCGCACUAUGAAGCAGCGUGUGGACGGCAAGAGCGACGUGGAAGGAUACUUUCGCUUUGCACACGCGGAGACGAUUUUGCCAUUAGCUUCCCUGUUGAACGUCAGCUACUUUGAUCGCCAUGCAAGCGAUCAAGAGGGGCAUUUUCGCGCAGACACCCCGCUGGAGCUAGCGUUUAAGCGGAAGUUCAAGAGCUCAGAGCUGGCCCCGUUUGCUGCCAACAUCGGCUUUGUUUUGUAUGAGUGCUUAGCUGGCGGAGAAUCAAAGCGGGUAUUCAAGGUGAGGACGUUACUUAAUGAACGUGAAGUGCUCUUCGACGAGUGCAAAGGUCAAGCCCUUUGCCCGUUUCCCGUGCUAGAGAAUUUAUUUCGCCGAUGGAUUUACGAGUUCGACUUCGAAGAGCACUGUACGUUGCAAUAA